AUGGAUUCGACGCAUACGGGAAGUUCUGUGGCAGACACCGCCGGGACAAUUCAUUUCGAGACCGCACGUUCCACGGUCAGUUGGACAAUUGAAAAAAGCUUCAAUGAGCUCGAAAAAAUCAAUCUCAGUCUUCAUCAGCGCCCGGAAACUGCCUAUCAAGAGUUCUUCGCGCACGAGACGAUCACAAAAUUUCUUCAAAGCCGGGGUUUCGACGUUCAUUGCAGUGCCUAUGGGCUCGAAACCUGUUUUGAAGUGGAAGUGGGACAUGGUGGUCGGCUUGUGAUCUUUUGUGCCGAAUAUGACGCUCUGCCAGAUAUCGGCCACGCCUGUGGUCAUAACCUCAUUGCAACUUCAUCGCUCGCAGCAUUCCUGGGGGCUGUUGAAGCACUCAAACAAGCAAGGAGACCGGGCCGCAUCAGACUUCUUGGCACGCCUGCGGAAGAAGGUGGAGGUGGUAAGGUGAAGCUGAUCGAUGCUGGAGCAUUCCCAGAAGAAGCUGCCGCUGCCAUCAUGGCACACCCAGUAGCUUACCAUCAGAUCAUGCAUGGACCCGGAGUUUACGCUGGCGUGGCCUCUCUUAGAUUCAUCGCAAGCCAAAAGUUCCGGACAGAAUUCCAUGGCAGACCGGCGCAUGCCGGAUGUGAGCCAUGGAAAGGGAUCAACGCACUAGACGCUGCAGUAGCAUCUUAUAACUGCAUCUCAAUGCUUCGCCAACAAAUGGCGAUGGAUGAACGUGUGCAUGCAAUCAUCGAAGUCGGUGGCACUGUCCAAAGUGUGAUUCCUGAUUACACGAGAAUGAGUUGGAAUGUCCGAGGACCGACUAUCCAAAGGACUGAAAAGCUGGUUGAAAAGGUCAAAGCGUGUAUAGAGGGUGCGGCGACAGCUUCAGGAUGCAAGCUGAACUACAUAACUGUCCCAAUGUAUGCCAACUUACGAGCAAAUGGCACCUUGUGUCGAAACUUUGUCAACGACAUGGAGAAUAUCGGUGAGAAAUGGUUGAUGGACGAAGAGAAACCCAUGACGGGAUCAAGUGAUAUGGGCAACGUAUCUCACGUAAUUCCAAGCUUUCACUGCGGAUUUGCCAUCCCUAGCGAAGUCGGACUCCAUAAUCCCGGUUUUACAGCCGCUAGCGGUACCGCUGAGGCACACGAGGCGGCAUUGAAAUGCGCGAAAGGGAUGGCAACCCUUGCCAUACGAGUUCUUUUCAGUGAUGAUGUCGCUGAAGGCGCCAGGUUAGAUUUCCAAAGAAAUGAUGACUGA